AUAGGCGCAGACACGUUGCCAAAUCGAGCACCAGCUAUAUAGUAGAAUGUUACAUAAAUGCGUUAUAUACAAUAGAAAUUGGUUUUUACUUUGUAAUGUAUAUAGUAGUUGUUUUACAUAUAUAUAUUUUUUUACAGAUGAAUAACUCAGCCGUAUUUCUCCUGACCCUUGUUGGUCUCCUUGUUCUCGUCGAAACCGCCUUGUCGUUCAAGCAAAAAGACGCAUGGCCGUACAAGCAAAAAGCGGACGCGUGGCCAUACAAGCAAAAAGCGGACGCGUGGCCGUACAAGCAAAAAGCGGACGCGUGGCCGUACAAGCAAAAAGCGGACGCGUGGGCCUACAAGCAAAACGCGGACUCUGAUGCCAUGGAAUCCUUGUCCCAGGAAAUGGAAAACGAAGAUGCUGAACUAAGUGAACUUAUGUUGGGCUUGGAGCAACUUCCUUUGUAAGCUGUAAUGGAACAGCACCACUUGGUUGAGUGCUAUUGAACAUGUCGACCCCAUAGUUGAUCUUGUUAAGAAAUAAACCAUUGUAUUGAAAAAC